GCCAUACUACCUCCCUCCCAACCCCAACCCCAAUCCCAUUCUCUUCCUCAUUCCUCACCUUACCUACCUCCUACCUCCUACCUCUUCUCCACAAUUCUUUCUCAACCCUCCUCCAACCCACCAACUCACCCCAAAAAUGCCACCCACCACCGACCCAGACUCAGACCCCUCACCCUCCCCCGCACAACUCACCUCCGCGCUCAUAACCCGCUGCAAGACCCUCCUCUCCGAGCUCGACGCCCUGCACGCCCUGCUCGCACAAACGCAACGAAACCCCCAAGUCGUGGAGGCCCGCUCGCUCCGCUCCAGCGUGCUGUCUGAGCUGCGCACGCUCGAGAAACUGACCGACCGGGUGCAUGCGGCGGGCGCGGACGCGGACGACGACGCCGACACGCAGAAACGGCUCCUGCAUGCGCUCCGGUCCUCGAACUUACCCUUCUACGAGACGGUGUGGGGCAUUGCGCGGAAUUCGUGCUCCGGGCUUGUGGCCUUCGGGAAGAGGUUUUAUUGGGAGGGUGGGAAUUGGGAGGAUAAAGCGAAGCUGAAGGCGAAUGAUAAGGCGAAGGAUGGGGAUCAGGGGAAGGGGAAGGGCAAUGGGCAGAAGGAUAAGCGGAGGAGUGUGUAUGUGGAUAUUGUGACGGAUGAUGGGGAGGAGUGGGUGAAGGUGUCGACGAUCUCGGAGACGAGGCUGUUGUUUGAGAUGGCGAAGAAGGGGUGGGAGGCUGAUUCGGAAGAUGGGUCGGAGGGGGAGGGAGACGGGGGGAGGACGAUCUUGCAGAAUUUCAACGACGGGGCGGGCCAUGGCAGUGAUGGGGAGGAGGAUGAUGACGACGAGAUUGAACUGGUCAAGUUGGCUGGGGAUAUGAGGAAGGCAGCGAACGUUACGAGGGUGAACUACAAGCAUCCGCGGCUGCGGAUGGUGAUCCCGAAGAUUGCGGAAGGGAAGAGUGCGGAAAUCGACAAUUUGCUCAAGGUAAUACGGAGCUAUGGAGUCGUAGUCGAAUGCGGAGAGGGAGGUCUGGGAUCCUCGUCUGGCGAGGCCAAUCCUGAAGAUGCCCUUGCGAAGGAUCUCCGUCGACUUCUACCCACUCCGUUCAAACGAUUUACGCCGCUGCUAAAUGUGGACUGUACAUUGUUGCUUGCAAUCGUUUCAGACGUGUCUUAUUUCAAGAAGAUACCCCCGUCUCCGUCACUUCAUAGAGCAAUCCUUCGCCAGCUCGAGGUGGAAAGCCAGCGGCCAUUACUUACCACGGAGCUUUGGCCUGCGAUGGGUGCGCACGAAUUGGUGUGUACCACCGAGGCAGCAAGACGAAUGCGUGAAAUUGUUGACGUGAUCGGCACCGAUACUGAAAAGAAAAGGGCUGAGAUUGUGAUGGCCGAUCCCCCUUUCAACGACUGCGACGCGAAAGCACUCAUUCAAAGUCUCCAGCAACUGUCCGAUCAUGAGAUCCCCCCACACUGGCAGCUGCCCAUAAGAAUAGUGGAUGCCAACCCUGUAAUCGAUGAAGCGAGAAACAAGGGUCAGCUGCCACCGGUAGCCCACCAAGUAACCGAGAUACUGUCCGAUAUCAAUUACAGUGUCUUCAUGUAUGGGUGGGCCACCGGAACGACGACGAUCUCCAGCAAUCGAACGGUGGUUAAGCAAAUUGAGGCCACGGUGGAAAAGCAAAGAAACGGUGAUGAGGAUCUGGAGGGACCGCAAAUAUGGGUUUGUGACACAGCCAGGAGUUUAGUGGGCAAAGAAAGGGGCCGAAAAGACUAGAAAAUGUUUCCCUUAGUUGAAUCAUCAAGAAAAUAUUCUGUGGACGGCGGUGAUGGAUGGGUCGACGAGUGCCAAUGACUAGUGUAGCUGAUGGGGCAUCAUGGAACGAUCCGCAUAGUGGGCGAAAACAAGAUUUGGGUUUCCCACGGUUCCUUUCUUGGUGCCUUGCGUUUAGCCCGGUUUACUUCUC